GCAAGUUUCUUUGGUUUAUUAGCUAGAGCAGAUAAUAAAUCCUUAAAUAUUUAGGCCUGACAAGCAAUUCUUAAAUAUAUUUGAUUUUGAGUGGAAUGUAUACAUAAAAUAUUCCAUUAUUUGUGAGCUCGUCUUUAGGUAGUUACAUAAGUCACUGUUUCGAUUUAGAAUUGCAGAAACGGCUUACCUAUGGACGAAUGAACGUAAUAAUUCACGAUACCAUUAGGCCAUAAUAAAGUUGUAUCCUUCGUAAUAGUUUUCCUCGCUUUCGACGUCUGAUAUAUAUCGCCUUCUCGUUCUGCACCUUCUUCCGGAUUAUCAUACUGAGACCAUGAAUCAACUGUGAAUACAUAAUAUUAUAUUUAUAAAAUAUCAGAGUACUUUUAAGUUAUCUUUAUUUAGAUUUCUUCAUGGCAUUUUCUAGACACAAAUCUGCAUGUUCUCGAAGCACAAUCGAGGAAUAAACUUCAUUUCUUUACUCACGUUUAUAGCUAAUAGUUGUCCCAGAAGUGGUCUCCCUUGUUUUCAUCAGUUUCAGCGAUAUUGGUGGCGAUCUUGUCCAAGAAUUGAUAAGCUGCGUCGGAUAUGUAUUAAUGUUCGUGACAAACCAGCUACCUAGUAAAAGGAAUGCUAAAGGAAACGAGCUACAAAGAUAUCGAGCUUCCUGCAUCUUUCUUGGGCGAACUACAAACAUGGACUGACUAAUCGCUAGUGUGAAAAUAUAAUUACAUUAAAACUGAUCCGGCGUAUAUCGCAGUUGAUGUAUUAGAAUUCUUUUCAUUGGUGGUCCAAUGCACUUCAACAAAAUGAAGAAAUACGAGAGCUUCAAGAUGAAAAAGUACGAGAUUUUGAAGCACAUCGGAGAGGGAUCCUUUGGACAAGUGUAUAAAGCUAGAAAACGUUCAGAUGGUGAAAUUGUGGCUUUCAAAAUGAUAAGGAAGUGUGGCAGAUCAGACAAAGAUCUCAAGAGUCUGCGUCAAGAGUGUGAGAUUCAACGUUAUCUGCAGCAUCCAAAUAUCGUGCAGAUGAUAGAUUCAUUCGAAACAGAAAAUGAAAUCGUGGUUGUGACAGAAUACGCAGAUAAGGAAUUAUAUGACAUACUGGCCAAAGGAGGUAGAUUGUCUGAGGAAAGAGCACAAGUAAUAGCUUGUGAUCUAGUAUCUGCACUUUAUUAUCUGCAUUCAAAUCGGGUGAUGCACAGAGAUCUCAAACCACAAAAUGUUCUCUUAGAAGCGAAUGGCAUAGCUAAACUAUGUGAUUUUGGAUUUGCUCGUAAUAUGAGUACUGGUACUCAUGUACUUACGUCAAUCAAAGGCACGCCAUUGUACAUGGCACCAGAACUCAUGGACGAAUACCCCUAUGAUCACAACGCUGAUUUAUGGUCAUUAGGCUGCAUCGUGUAUGAGUUGGUCGUCGGUGCGCCUCCAUUUCAAACUAAUUCAAUACUGCAUUUGGUUAAGUUGAUCAAAUUUGAAAAAAUUAAGUGGCCAGACUUUAUUUCUCCAACCUGCAAAAGCUUCCUAGAGGGAUUACUUCAGAAAGAUCCUUCUCAGCGGUUAACUUGGCCCGAUCUUCUCCAACAUCCGUUUGUCAAGGAUCGAAUAAUAAUAGUAGGUGGCACCGUAUCUACUCCAUUUACAAAUCCAUUAUCUGCAAGUCAAGCAAGAGCAAAGCAAGAACAAUUAGAGCGUUUAGCCAUGCGUACUGCAAAUAAAUCCAAAUUUGUGAAGAAAACAAUCAAAAAAUUACAAGAACAGGAGAGAAGACAUUAUGAGUAUCAGCAACGAACAUGUAUUUCACAACCGGGUUAUCUAAUGUCUCCUGCAUAUUGCCAUCAUAUGAUAAACCACUGUCAGGCAUUACGUCGUAGUGAGCCAAGUGGCACUGAUUCUAGCGCUAGUAUUGAUGUACUCUUAGGAAAUCUCAGUCUCAGGGCAUCUUUGAGAAGUGAUCUUUUAGCUGCAAAUCACGCUUUAUGUCAGAGUGACUGUCCGCAUAAUGCAGACGUACAACAUAAUUUCCCAAUACUAGACGAUCACUCGAAACCUGUUCAAACGCAAACGGAUGAUAGCCAUUCCAUACGACAAUUGAAUGAGGAAAUGUAUCAUACUAAUGCUCAAGGUGAUGGAAUCAAUGUAGGUCAACAAAUUGAAAAAUCUACGCACGUAGAGCAAAUUGUACAUGGUGAUGGUGAUCGCAAGCAAAGUUGCUUGAGCAUGGAUUAUGAACAAGAAUUCGGUGAAAGAAACCUGACUGAAAAACACACGAGAUUGCCAGAUUGGGACCCGAAGGCAGUGGAAAAGCCUAUCGAAAACGAAGAAUGGAUCGCAUUUUUACAAAGAUCGAUGGAAGAAGUUAUGGAGGGUGAAAUUGACUCGUUGUUGCAACAAAAUUGUGUCUCGGUGUUUGUUUCCCCUUUAAGAAAUCCAGCAGCCGGUUGCCGAGUUGUCGAAUAUGUAACUUGUUUAUUAUCAUUACCAUUCACCGUAUCAGUCAGCAAAGAAAAUCUUAAGAAAAUCGAACGAGUUUAUUUAGAUGUGAGAGUAGUACCAAAUCUCGUUUAUGCCAUCAAACUGUUGAUGUCGGAACGUUCCGAUAACGAGUUGAAUGCGAUAGUGAACGUGGGAACGAGAUCAGCAUCUUCUUUAUCCGCCGAUGAACUUCAAGCACUCGAAUGCGCGAUGCUAGUUCUUUGUAGAUUAGUUUAUAUUGAGAAUCAAUUUCUCAUGCAAUUUUGCGACGCUAUUUACAUUGUGAAUGGGAUGCCACUUCUACAGCAACUACUAACGUUAGAAAAAAGGAAGGCAAGGGUCGUUGCAGAUCUCAUCGCUAUUUUAAAUAACGUUCUACGAUCUCAACCUGAGAAUGCCGAGCUUGUGGAACAAGUUGUUCUGCGUACAAAAACUCCCGGAGCGUCAGUGGAACAGCUCAAUAAACUUCUCAGUCAUCGACAAACUGUCUUACGAGCAAGGACAUGUACUAUGAUCAGAUUGUUGGGUAGAUUUUGCUGCAGAGCGUUACAACAGGUCUGGAACAAAUCACUCAGAAAUCUCAUGGAAGGCUUAAUCAAGGAUGAAGAUGAAUAUGUCCGACGCGCGGCAGAGGAUGCUGUAAAUGAAUUGAAACAGUUAACGUAUUACAAUUAGGAAAACUUUGUCGGCUGAAUGUUAUAGGAUGAAAUAAGCAGAGAUUGUUAGGGACCAGUUUGCAGUGCUAUUGUUGCUCGACAAGUCUUAUGAUGCUUGAAGAUUAAAUAUUUUAUUUUUGGACAGACUGAUAAUUAUACUUAAGAAAUUAAGUAUAAUUGUAUGUGAUAUUUUUAUAAAUUGACUUAUAAAUUAAUAAAUUUAUUUU